AUACUUGUCAUUUGGAAUAUUUUCAACGAUUCAUAAUAACAAAAAUACAAAUAAGUUCGCAGGAUAUAAAUACAGUCGUGUAUUUAUUUGAUCCGCCUUUUACUCAGUAUAAAUGAAGUCAUGUGUGACGGUGAAUUCGAAUUUGUCGCUCAGUUUGGAUGCAAAUAUUCAAUUCAAAUCUUUUUCAAGCAAACCUUCUCAACGGGGGGAUUCAAUGGGAAUAGAAGAAGGAAAUCUUUUAAUGAAUCUUUUUUUUUUUUUUUUUUUUAAUGGCUAUUUGAACAACGAUUCUGUCAAUCAGCGCAUGACACGACGAACAUGAGUGAGUGUGUUGCUGUUGUAUAAAAUUGUGGAAGGAGGUCGCUAUGUGCGUGCGUGCGUGCGUGCGUGCGGGUGCAGAGCGGCGCAUCUUAGCGCAUGUUAAUGAGCUUCGCGCGGCUCCAGUGACAGUUUGCGGCUGAAGGCCAAUCAGAAGGAGAGCUGAGAGCUUGCAAAGACAGAAGACAAGCAGUGUGUUGAAGUUGUGCACGCAGGAGGUGUUUGACGAGCCUUGUCAGCUGGGAAGAAGGAUUUUUUUUAAAUAUAUAAUAAACUUCGCUUUUAUUGGAUUUUUUUUGGAGGGAGCCUCCAGCGGCUGUGGACGCGCACACUUGGAACUUGUCGCCAUUUCUGUGUUGAUUUUGCCCAGGUAGAACUCAUGAAAGCAUCUUCUUCCCGGUGCGGACGCUCCGAUGAUGUCUAUGGCUCUCAUGCCUGACACUCUCAAUGGCCCCGACCCGUCCAAAUCGGCCUUUCUCGAGUUUGGUCACGGCCAUCCGGCUCACCAGCAGCGCUCCCCAGCGAGGCUCCCGGCUCACAUUUACCCCGUGCACGGCUUCCACGCUGCCGGCCAUUCGCAGCACGACGGCUCCUUCCCCGCCGGCGCGUCGUCUUAUGGCCGCUCUUUGGGCUACGCCUACCCCGGCGCCUCGAAUCCGCACCCCCCGUCUGCUUACAUGCACUACCAGCACAACAACAACAACAACAACAACAACAACAACAGCAGCAGCUGCAGCAGCACUUUGAGCCUGCACGGCCGAUCGGAGCACGCAGAUCACCACAAGUCCCCCGCGCUGGAGAACAGGGACGCGCGUUUGAAUGGCAAAGGGAAGAAGAUCCGGAAGCCCCGCACCAUCUACUCCAGUCUGCAGCUGCAGGCUCUGCACCAGCGCUUCCAGCAGACCCAGUACCUGGCCCUCCCGGAGCGCGCCGACCUGGCGGCCAAACUGGGACUCACCCAGACGCAGGUGAAAAUCUGGUUUCAGAACAAGCGCUCCAAGUACAAAAAGGUCAUGAGGCACGGGAGCGGACAGGAGGGGGAACACCUGAGCAGCACCAGCUCGGCCUCCCCCUGCUCACCUCACGGGAUGCCCCAACUUUGGGACGUGUCCGCGGCCAACAAAGCGGGGGGGCCGGUGUACCCCAACAAUUACAUGAACACUUUGGGCCACUGGUACCCCAACCAGCAUCCCCACCAGGACGGCACGUCCAGGCAUCCGAUGAUGUGAGCGGAUUGUCUACCGCGGGCCCAAUGAACUCCGCAGCAAUGAAUUUAUUCACCAAGUCGUGUGCUUUCUGGCUGGAUUAUCCGCUAAUUGUGCGCGUCAUUUGACGGGACAUUUAUUGUCAAAAGGCACUGAAGAGGACCUUUAGUGUGUGCGCAAUGUCUGGAUAAAUGCAAUUUUUUUUGCACGUUCUGUGCAUGAUUAUUACCAGAGACAUUUUCCAUUGCAAGACAAAACGGUCUCUGAGUAUUAAGCCAACAAACACAUGUUGGAUGAGCCUUGUUGUGACUUUCUAAUUAUUGCAGAGGUGGCUCCAUUAAAUGCGCAAAAUGUUGCUUCUUCGUCGCGAGUGCAAGCGCGCAUUCGAACGAAACAGUGCAACAAAUCCGUGUGAGCUGCAAAUAAUAAUAAAAAAAAAAAAAAACACUGUCUGUGUUUUGAAUUGAACACAUAAAGAUUGGUUAACUGCCGCUAUGACUUUUGAUGAUGCCCCCUAUUACUAAAGAAACUGUAUUGGAUGCUACCUUUUUUAUAUCAUAAAAGUUAAAUUCAAUUAAAAAUAACAG